GGGAAAAUGGAAAAGCCAAAACGACAGAUAUCUUUUGCAGUUAACCAUACAAUCCUCUGUUUAACAGAAAAAACUGGAACUAGUCUUUCGACUGAGAAACUCCUCAAUUGUUUAUUCCACCACAGAUCCAACCCUCUCUCUCUCAACCUGAUCUCUAUCUUUCCCUCUGUAGAUGAGUAUGGUUUCUGGUUCUCUGUCUAUACUGUCAUCCGCAUCUUCAUUUCCUUCCAGUUCCACCCGUGACUUGUCCAAUCCAUCGAUUCCUUCCAUACCUAGAUCUUGCAAGCGCUCCACGCGAAGUCCUGGAUGCCCGCACUCUUCAUCUCCUCUAAUUUUGAGAAUCAAAGCUUCUGCCGGAGGACAGCGCGUAGAGGAUGGCUCCACGGAACAGUUCUUGCGGAAGAACUGCAUCACUGAUUUCAUGAGAUUCAAACAAGGGAAUGAUGGAGGCACUGGCGAUUUGCAGACUGCCGUUGUUACUUACAAAAAGAAGUUCCCUUGGUCUCUUCUCCAACCCUUUCUUCAGGUUGAUUUGGUUUCAACAAUACACAUUGCGGACAAAGAGUACUUCGAAACUAUUCAGAAGGAACUUGAACCCUUUGACUGUGUGCUUUAUGAGAUGGUGGCAAGCAGGGAGACUUUGGAGAAAAGACGAAACCCUGCAGUGAAAAAAAGCGCAAAAGAUUCACGGUCUCGCAGUUUUAACAUUCUUGGAUUCAUUCAGCGACUGAUGGCUAGAGCUCUUGUGCUUGAUUUUCAAUUAGACUGUAUUGACUACCAGGCUGAAAACUGGUACCAUGCAGAUCUUGAUUAUGAGACUUUCAAAUUACUUCAGCGAGAGAAAGGCGAGUUUUACUUCACAUUUGCAAGAGAUAUGACUCUUAAAUCAACUAAAGCCAUGGCGCAACCCAUUCCAAUACCUGAAGAUCUUGGUCCUGUAAGGUCCAAGCUUCUUUGGGCUUCCCGGUCAUUACCUAUGCCACUAGUAGGACUUCUUAUAAUUGGAAGUGUUUGUGCAGACGCAGAAAAUUCAGAGUCUGGAUAUCCAGAACUAGAAGCCUUGUCCAGGCUUGAUGUUGGUGCUGCAAUGAAACUCUUCCUGGCAAAGCGACUAACAUCUGAGUUCUCGCUAGUGACAGCGGAUGUUGAGGAGGGAUCUGUUAUCAUUGGUGAGAGGAACAGAGCAGCAUCACUGGAACUUCGAAGAGCAAUGGACAAGGGCCAUAGUAGGAUUGCUAUAUUGUAUGGGGGUGGACACAUGCCCGACUUGGGCAGGCGGUUGCAGGAGGAGUUUGAUUUGACCCCUUCUCGGGUUCGGUGGAUAACAGCAUGGUCCAUAAGGAACCAGGAUCUGAAGAGUAAUUCCCUCCCAUUUUUCAAGACAAUGGCUGAUGUUUCGGGUUGGCCAUUGAACCAAUACCAGACCCUAGCACUGUUCAUCCUUUCUUUAGUCCUUGCAUUGGAUCUCUGGUUGUGGGAGCUCUUCUUUGGUACUGCUAUGAACUGGGUCUCCGAAAUUGCUUCAGAAGUUGCCCAUCUUGUUGAUAAAGCACAGGUGAUGUGAUGAUAAUAAUUGUAUAUAUCCUUUUUCUUAGAAGGAUGGUGGUAACCUGUACAUGCUUGUGUACAUGCUGCAAACCUCCCAGGUUGACCAAUAGCUAAGCUAGUCAAUUGUUUCAGCCAUUCCAUUUCUGGUUAUAUGGUACGAUUAAAUUGGAAUCUGUCCUAAUCGUUCUAGCUUUAUGUUAAAUAGACAAACAGAACGUUUUCAGGAAUUGAUAAUUUGACAAAUGAGAAACAGUUCCAUAUGAACUACUUCACGAAUUUGGAAGUUAGGUCAUUCGACAUACAAAA